AUGAAGCCGACAGAUCAAGAGGUUCAUGGUCAGACUGGUGGAGGAAAGGCACCCAGCACCGGAAACCGUUCGGAUGGGUCUCUGAUGGAUUCUGGUUGCAGUGGCAGCCGCAGUGGCAGCCAUGGCAGUCGUGGCAGCCGUGGUAGCAGAAUGCAGGCACACAGCACCGGAAACCGUUCGGAUACGUCUCUGAUGGAUUCUAGCCGCAGUGGCAGCCAUGGUAGCCAUGGCAGCCAUGGCAGCAAAAUGCAGGCUACAGGCCCACGAAGUGGAAAUGCUGGUUCUUCCGACACUGGAUCCUCCCCCUCCAAGCGUCAGCUUGUUUCUCAGAGAAAUGCAGGUCGCGACUAUGUUCCUCCUCCGCGUCAAGCUAAGGAGAUGGAGGAAGCUCUGGUUCGAGCUGCAGAGUCUCUUCCUAAAGACUACGUCAACCGCGAGGAAAUACGUCCUAUGGAACGUCCUGGAUACAACACGUCUGGCAAGGAAAUUGAAGUUGCUAUGAACACCUGGCCGAUCACAAGCUUCCCAACGAAGCCAGUGUAUCAGUAUGAGGUUGUUGUUCUUUCUGGUCCUGGCAAUGAGGCAGAUCGCCGGGUUCUUCGCCGCAGCUUCAAUUGUGAUUCCCGUAAGAAGCAGCUUCCUGAUGCAAUUUAUGAUGGGGCCAAGACAGCUUGGUCUCUUAUCUGCGUCGAAAAAGGGAUCCAUGAGAAAUUCGAGUACAAGGGUGGUUCGACACGCCAAUCAGGCACUCAGGGUAACGUUCACCGUGAAAUGCUGAUGAUUUCGAUUUUGCCUCGUCGCAAGAUCUACCUGAGUGUCAUCGAUCAUUGGCUUCAAAAGAAGCGCCCCCUCGAUUCAACCGUCAUUGAGGCACUUAACUUCCUUGACCACUUGCUCCGCGAUUGGCCGACGACGGAGUUCGUGGCACACAAGCGAGCCUAUUUUUUCCAUGGUCUUUUUGAGAACCCCAAAACCAGGGACUUGCACUAUGAGUUCCACUACGCCCUUGGAGGCUACUCGGGUGCUACCUUAUGGCUACAAUGCGAGGCAUUUCUUGACGCCACUGAUGAGGCUGACAUGGCAAAGCAGCUCCGUCCCCGAAUUGAUUCAGACAAGCAACGAUGGCCAACCAAGGAAUUCAUCAAACUCAAUAAGUACAUCAAGGGUCUGCGAGUCACACCUGACUACAAGGAAUGUCCUUUCAAGGACAAGAGCUUCCAGAUCCAGGAGUUAGUCAAUGGAAAUGCUAGGGAGUACAUGCUCACUAUCGAGGAUCGAGCAACUGGCAGCGAGAAGAGAAUGUCUGUUGAGGGCUACUUUAAAUGGAAGUACAAUGUUUAUCUUGAGUUUCCCUUCUUACCUCUAGUGAAAAUGACCGCAAAAAACGUCGUUUACCCUGCAGAAUUUCUGCUUAUCAAGAAGCUUCAGCGAUGGCCUUUCAAGCUUUCGGAUCUUCAGACCUCUGACAUGAUCAAAUACACUGCAAAGAAGCCCAUCGAACGUCUGAAUCACAUCAUCAACUGCAAGGGGCUUCUCAAGCACGACACGGAUCCAAAUCUGACUCGCUUCGGCAUGAGGAUUGGGCAUGAGAUGAUGAAGGUCAAAGCUCGACUUCUGCCUAGCCCCGAGAUCCAGUUUGGGAACGCUAAACAUAAUCCGGGUACGACUGCUCGCUGGGAUCUUCGUGGAAAAAAGUUUUUCAAGUCCAACACGGAGCCACUGCAGUCUUGGGGAAUCGGUUAUUUUGUUGGUCCUCGUAAUGACAUCAACUUUGACCAAGUUCAAGCCUGGCUGGAUCAGUUUGUGAAGAUUUACAAACAGCAUGGCGGUAAUGUCACAAGCCGCCCCAUGACGAUCAAGAUGAAGGAGGAUGUUGGCGAAGCAAUGAAGGAGCUUUAUGACAAGACAGGAAAUGCAUGGAAAAAAGAGCCACAGCUCCUGAUCAUCAUAGUGCCUCUCAAGGAUGCGUUUGUCUAUCUUCGCAUCAAGAAGUCCGCUGAUUGCCGAUUCGGAGUCCCUUCUCAGGUCUUGCAUUCUGUCCGCUGCAAGGAGAACAAACCUCAGUACAACUCCAAUGUUUUGAUGAAGGUCAAUGCCAAGCUUGGUGGUGUUACCAACCGUGUAGUUCCAACCUCCAAGAAAACAACUCUUCGUCCGCAUUCGGUGAUAAUCGGUGGCGAUGUCACCCAUCCCACUCUGGGUGUGUGGACGCCAUCCCUGGCGGCGAUGUGUAUCUCAAACGACACCAACGGCAUAAGCUACAUGGGAGGUGCUCAGUGUAACGGAGACAAGAUCGAAAUUAUUCGGGAGUUGAACAUCCGAGAGAUUUUGGGGCCCCUUCUGAAAGAGUGGAUUGAUACGGUAGGGAAAAAGAAGUUUCCCCCAAAGCAUAUCUACUACUUCCGCGAUGGCGUUUCGGACUCGGAGGUUAAGGGUGUUCUCAAUCGUGAGGUCCCUGCAAUCCGUCGAGUUGCAGCUGAAGCUUGUGGUCUGGUCGAAUACCCGGCAAGCUAUGUGUGGAAUGGAAACCCUCUCCCCGGUACUCUGAUUGACCGUGAAGUCACCAGUCCUCAUGGUUGGGACUUCCUACUCUAUGCUCAUGCCGCUCUCCAGGGAACUGCACGUCCAGUUCAUUACAAGGUCGUGCUUGAUGAGAUUGGCCACAAGCCCGAUGAGCUUCAGAACAUGAUUUAUGAGCAGAGUUACCAGUAUGUCCGUUCGACCACGCCUGUAUCCAUUCACCCAUCCAUUUACUACUCGCACCUGAUCUCUGUUCGUGCUCGUCACCAUGAGGAUGUGUCCGUCGAUUCCGGCAUGCAGAGUGGCUCGAAGAUUACACAGGAGCGCUCGAUGCUUAAGCCAGGAAAGGAUGAUCCUGAUGCUGUCAAGCAACGACUUCUCGAGAUCAAAGGUUCCGAGAACAGGCUUCCGCUUAAAAUGUGGUGGAUCUAG